AACACUAGCACACAUUCUGACGAUGAUGACACCUAUCACGACAUCAAAUCGACUGGCGCGCACGUCCUGCUUCUCCUGCCGCGGUAGCAAGCGCCGCUGCGACAAGACCCUGCCAGGAUGCCAACUUUGCAGCCGAAGGGGCUUAAGGUGUAGCUAUCCGCAGCGCCGCGGUCAACCUCUUCCAUCGCCCGAGUCAGCCGAAAGUGCCACCAACGCACCGUAUGGGCAAACGCUUCACGUGUCUCAGUCGUUUGCUUUGGCAUCUGCUACUAGGUUCAUCGCCCCCGACCUGUUUCGCGCGGCUGGGCUAGAAAUUCCUCGCCUGGACCACGGCGUGCCCGACGAGGUUGUUUUUCAUCUGGGCGACAGCCAGCAGAUACGGGACACGACAGCCAAGUUCUUCGGGCUGACAAAGUCAUGGAUGCCAAUUAUCAACAGAAAACGGCAUUUAGCGGCUAUGCUGAAUCCGCUUUCUCCAUCCCGACGUCCGGCCGCCUUACUCUCCAUAUGCAUGAAGCUGUGCUUACCGGUACUCGAUGGUGAGGUUGCUGACAGAACUUCGUUAUACCGACUGGCAAAGCGAUUCUACUCCGAAGUCGAGAUUACGGAAAAAUUAAGUGUCCAAGUAUUGCAGGCUGCAGUAUGCAUCGCUAUUUUCGAGAUUGGCGACGCCAUCUACCCCGCUGCGUAUUUGACCGUCGGGGCAUGUGCCCGCUAUGGUAUCAUUAUGGGACUCGAUAAGGUCAACAAGGACAGGAUGGGUUACUAUCCCCACGCGGUCCCAUGGAUAGAAAUCGAGGAGGCGCGCAGAGUUUGGUGGGGUGUCUUGGUAUUGGACCGGUUCCUAAACUUCGCGAGCCCCUCUCGGAAUUUAGCAACAGAGGAUCCUGGGUUUGAUGAUAUUCUUCCUGUCGACGACGAUCGGUUCUAUUACACGACAACACAACCAAGCGACGCGGUCCCCAUAUCCCAGGCAUUCUCAUUAAAGGCUGGCCAGUUCUCAAGACUUUGCCAAGCUACAUACCUGGUCAGCAAGGUCCUGAAGGUGAUCAGAUCUUCGGCUAUUCCCUUUCAUGACGCCGAUCACACAACUGUGCCGCCAGACAUUGCACAGCUAUGUCGCACUCUUGAAGCAUUGGUUCGGGCUAAUGCGGAGGAAAUCACAAUUCGCAAGUUGGGCUUUUGCUCUCAAAGCGUUGUGUCCUAUAGUGGCGUUUUUCUCCUGCAACAUCAUUAUUGGGCACGGCGGAAAAUGGAUACUACACAAGAGGCGGAGCUCUACACAUUUGUCGAGACUCGCAGUGCUUUCGACACCCUUUGCCAUAUGUCGUCGUACCUUCAGCAGGCCGGUGAUGGCCAACAGCUACUAGGAGGCGAAUGCACUUUCUUUCUCGCCGACGUUAUAUAUCAAGCAAUCUCGACUCUUAUGAACAUUGGCCGAGGGAGUCCUUCGGCCGAAAUUCAAGACAAAAUAGCCACUCUGAAAUGGCUUCUGCAACACUUAAAAAGCCGCUGGCUACUUGCUGGUGUCUAUUUAAGUAUUCUAGAGACAAAAGAGGCUCUCCUGACCUCAGAAGCUAUGUGACUUAAACUAACAAGAUCAAACACGAUGUCCAUAAUGUGGUUGGAACCACACUGCCGACAUUCUCAAGGGUGUCGUGAGUCUCACGCUGGAUUGCGGCUGCGGCUAUUCUUAGCUAAAUGAGCGUCCAAGAGCCAGAGUUCAUUAUGUUUUACCAGCUCAGUCUCUGUAUUUACGGAACUUCAUGUUUAUGUGUAUCAAGGGCCAACUUUAGCAUCUAUCCUGAUCUAAACCUCUCCCAUGUCGGUUGGCUAUGUAAAUAGCCUCUCUUUGAGAAAGGUUCUACAAUUGGUCCCAAUUCACCAAUUUCCAGGAAUCCUCAGCGCUGACCAACC